GUGGCAUACUCGCAGACAUCAAACCAAGGAAUACUGUCAUUUCUCUGUGUUCUGUACAACAGUGGGAAUACAACACUAUGGACUACACUCGGGUGCUCCUGUUGUCUCUGUUUCAAGCUUUAAGCAUGUGCGCAGCAGCUCCUCUGCCAGUGGAAGUAGUGAAGAUGAAAUCAAAAGUGAAAUGGAUGGCUGAGCAGCUGGUGGUUAGGCUGGACAAAGACUUCCAGGUCCCCAGUGGCCUGACUCUCAACCCACCUGCUGAUGAUUUGGAUGGAACUUCCUCCAUAGUGACAGUCUUGGACGGUUACAACAGCCUGAUUUCUGACACCCUUAAUGGGGUCUCCCAGAUCAAGUAUGACAUCUCUUCACUGACAGGUUACAUCAAUCAGUGGAGGCAGGGGUACUGCAGCGAACAGCGACCAAAGCCUCCAGUACCAGGGCCACUGCAAGAGCUACAGAGCCGGAAAGAAUUCAUUGACACCGUGGGCAUGGAGGCUCUCAUGAGAGUGAAAGAGUUUCUAAAUCUGCUGCUGAAAAAUCUGGAUCAGCUGGAGACUUGCUGAAGGAUGGAGAUCAGGACCAACGUUUCCAAUUUACCACCAUGAUUGUUUGAAGAUGUUUUUAAAGUCUCCAUCCGUGAUGUCUGACUUUAAAUUCUGAUUUGUCCACAUUGAACUUGAUAUUUUGAAUCAAAUCCAUUCUUGAACAGUCACUUAUUUAUGUAUAUUAUGUAUUUAUUUAUGUACUGUUUUUAGAAAAUAUGCACUUUGUAAAAGUCAUUAUUUUUUUACCACAGGCUAUGCAGCCUAAAUGUUUCCACAGAAAUGUAAAACGACUGCUCUGCACACCAAAGUAAAUCAGCUGCUCACAAGGUUUGGACUGUUGCAUAAAGCAAAGAGCUCUGAGUGAAAAAUGUGUUUCACAUUAAGUCAGUCAUCAAGUUAAACCAGCGGUGUAGGGUUAACUGGAGGACGUCAUGAUGAAAGAUGACAUCAUCCCUGGAAAUUCCUGAAAACCAGCCUGCAACUUGCUAAGAAACCCACAUGAUGUUUGCAUAAUAACUGUACCUCAGUCAAACACCAGAUCUUCCAUAAAAUGUCUAUUUAUGUCCACAGAUGGCACAUUUUAUGUUUUGGUGCAUCCGGCACUAUUUUUUUUAUAACUGUCGCAGUAAAACAUCAAUAAAUUUUUUUAACAAAUUGA